AUGGUUGACUACGCACAAUACCCAUCGAGCAUGCCUCACGACUUUGAGCUCUACUCCAACAACCAAGAACAGCAUCUGGACUUUCACCACAACCAGCCUUAUGUGCCUGCCUCGACAUAUGCCUUGGAACACACCUUCAGCGCUACGUAUGACCCAAUGGUUACCCUCGCAGAGAUGCAAAGGCCUCAAGAUCUGCAAUACCAUUACGACGCCAUUGCACAAGGUGUCAAGCCAUAUCAGUAUCAGACCCCGGCCGGCUCUCCCCAUUCAGCUUCAUAUUCUUUCCAUGAACAACCUCCUGUUCUUUCUGCGUCUUCUGAAUCCGGUGCUUCAGUGUCAUCUUCCGCAAUAGGCUCGCCAUCACUCGUUCCGCAGUUUGAUGACUCAUGGAACACGAUGGGACUAGGAGUGACUGCUGGAUACGAGUACCCAGGAAUGGUAGCGUCAGAUAAGUCGUAUGUGGAUCCUAAUGUUAUUCAGCCAUUCACAUUCGCGCCUCAGAGCCCAUACCCUGAGAUCAGGACCACACCAUCUCCCUACUUCCCUGUCAUUGAGCAACCGCCCUCCCCAGCUCUCUCUCAACUCUCAUCACACAGCCAGCGCCCUGGUUCAGCACGCAUCAAGAAGGGUAGCGCCAGUCCAUACCUUCGCACUCAACAAUACCAGCCUUACCCCCAAUACCACGAUCAACGGCGAGGCUCCGUCAACUCUCUCCGCUCGCACAACUCGGGCACAAGCCGCAAGAGUGGAAGCAGCUAUGACAACGACGAGACUCGUGAGAAGGGAAUGUGCCCACUGCCAGAGUGUGGACGCGUCUUUAAAGACCUGAAGGCACACAUGCUCACUCACCAGAAUGAACGACCAGAAAAGUGCCCAAUUGCGACUUGCGAGUACAACAUCAAAGGUUUCGCGAGGAAGUAUGACAAGAACCGCCAUACACUUACGCAUUACAAGGGUACGAUGGUCUGCGGCUUCUGUCCAGGCAGUGGUUCAGCGGCUGAGAAGUCGUUCAACCGCGCUGAUGUCUUCAAGAGGCAUCUUACCUCAGUUCACGGCGUGGAGCAGAACCCCCCCAAUAGCCGCAAGAAGAGCCCAUCAAGCAGGAAGGCAUUCGGUGGCUCGCAGCCGAACGUAGCUGGUACCUGCUCUACUUGUUCAGUCAUCUUCGCCAACGCGCAAGAGUUCUACGAGCAUUUGGACGACUGUGUGCUGCGCGUUGUCCAGCAAACCGAUCCAAGUGAGGCUAUCAACCAACGCCUUCUCACCUCCGUUGCAGAGGAUCCGGAGGUCACUGAGACGCUCGAUCGCAAUGGCCUAUCCAAGAGCAUCGAGUACACAGUACCUAGCUAUGCCGAGGAUGAUGAGGAUGACUACGAGGAAGAGGAGGUCGAUAACGAUGACCACGACGAUGCCACAUACGGUUCUCGUCGCGGUCGCUCAGGCAAGGGCUGGAUCAAAUCUUCAAAGAAGGAUUGA